AUGAAUUCUGCGUUAAAAGAAGUUAUUAAAGAAAAAUGUAGAAAGGUUAUUCCUUCGACAUCGUUUGACGAAGAGGAAGAGGAAAUUGAAGAUGUCGAAGAGGAAAGUGAAACAACACAGGAGUUGCCACUUGAAGAUAUUUUGGCUGAAAAACGUCGUAAAUAUAAUGCCAAGGAGGAAUUCAUUCAUUUACUUUACAAUGAUAUCCUAAAAUAUUUUGUAAAAGAGUGGGAUGGAAAGUAUAUAAGGAAAACGUACGAAAAGAAUGUUGAAGACAAUUGUAAAGACAUAUUUGAGGACAAUGAGAGUAAAGGUUAUGAAAAUGCAAAUGAAUCCAAAGUAAACGAUAAUACUUUUGAAGAAUAUAAUAAUGAUGCAUCUAGAUCACGUUCCGAUUUCCCCUGGAAAUUAUCAUUGCCAGAUGAAUUUGCAAACAUAAAGUUCAUUAGUAAUAAUACGUAUACAGGUCGUAUUAGUAGAAAAAUGAUGGAAGGUGAGGGCGUGUACAGAUGGUCCAAUGGCGCCCAAUAUAAAGGAGAAUUUCAACAGAAUUGUAUGCAUGGAAGAGGUUUGUUGGAAUGGAAUAGUGUUUGUUGGUACGAGGGAGAUUUUUUGAAUGGCUAUAGGCACGGUAGAGGAACUAUGGUGGAUGGAGAAAAUCGUUAUCUGUACUGUGGUCAAUGGCAUAUGGGUCAAAGACACGGAAUGGGGUAA